CGAUUUCAUAUGGAAAAAAAAGAUUGCAACAUGUGUUACUGGGAUUUUGAAAGAUUUUCUUUAUGGAUAGAGGAUGAGGUUUUAGAUCAUGCUGUAACAGCUUGAUUAAUUAUAAAGACCACAGCUCUCCAUAUCGCCAUUUAUGUCACUCAAAAAUAGCAUAAAGUACAGAUGUGACCAAAAGUUGUUAAGUUAAAGAUGGGAACGAUGGCCGGAUUAGAAAAAUCUUACAGCUGCAUCAACAAUCAUUUAAAGAGGACAUUGACUGAGUACAUUUCAGUGUUAACCCAAACACGCCUUGGUUCUAACGGGAUGUAUUUUGUAUAAACAUUUGUUUCGUUUAAAUUUAGAUGAAGGACUGUCGCAGAUGUGUUUGAAUGAACAAAGGGAUCGACCUGAAUUCAUCAACUGUUGCUGUAUGCAAGGCAUGAUUUGUAAACAGAGAGCCAGAAUAGAAAAGACGUCGACACAGAAUAUGUAACAAUGGCGCAGGGUGUAUCGUUUGUGUCCGGAUUCGUAUGCGGUAUAAUACUGUACUUUGUAGCAUUUCCUAAUCCUUCCGUAUUUUUCUUCCAACUGGAGACUACGAAUGAAGAUCAAAUUGUUAGGACAUUAUCUGAAAAUUUUUAUCUUGACGAUGAAGAGGAAGAAAUGACACAUAGUCCCAUGAUUAAUGAUUCCAGAUUUCAUAAAGAUAAUAAUACUUUGGGCAAAAUUCUCCAGGAGAGCGUUAGAGUCCACUGUGUUAUAUUCACCAGUGAUUAUUUUGGUGGAAGUCGCCUCUCGACAGCUGUUGCCAAGACGUGGGCAAAGAGAUGUUCAUCCGCCGUCUUCAUCGGAAGGAAGACCAAUAGACAUUUCCCCUACCCCAUGAUAUAUACUAAUUUCUCAUUUUACCGGUCAGAUCAUGCGGCCAAAAGUGUAUUUAGUGUUGCUGUAUUAGAAACUUUAAACAGGUACUUUGAUCGGAACGAUUGGUUUUUGUUUGCUGCGGACAACACGUUUGUGAUAAUGGAAAAUUUGCGGUACUACCUUUCUAAGCAGAAUGCAUCGGAACCAGAAUAUUUUGGAAGAAUUUCAAAGGCAGCCAGAGGCAUAGCUUGGCCUUAUCACAGUGGAAUAACUGUAUUUAGCAAGGCGUCAAUGAAGAAAAUACAACAUUCAGCCAUCAUUUCCUGCAAAGAAACAGUUUCAUAUGAGUUCACUUCAAGCUUAUGUCUUAAACAAGCUGGAAUUUCAGACAAAACACCUUCAGAACAUUAUGGGGAAUCUAUCUUCAAUAAUUUGCCCUUGUCGAUUUCAGUUAAGCUUAAUAAACCCCUAGGAAUAAGUAUGCAGCCCGAUUCUAACAUGAUAUCUGUACGUUUUCUACAACCUCCAGAUAUGUAUGCGCACGAGUUUCUCGUCUAUCACCUGAGGGCGUUCGGAAUCAAUAAAUUAUCUUCUUAAUAUCCUGAUUGAUUGAUUGUUUUUCAUUUGAU